UGGUGCAGACGAGCUACAUUCUACAGAGCAACGUUUAACAGGAACAUGGGGAUUUUACCUUUACCGGGAUUUAUGACAUGUGCGAAUAAAAAAUCUGUAGAUCUCAAUAAUGAAGUCAAUGAAGCUAACAAUGAUGGAGAACCAGAACGGGAGAUGUGGCCUAGAAAAGCUGACUAUCUGCUGUCUGUUGUGGGAUAUGCAGUGGGACUUGGCAAUGUCUGGAGAUUCCCCUACCUUGCUUUUAAAAAUGGAGGAGGAGCCUUCCUAAUCCCUUUUAUAAUCAUGCUGGCAUUUGCUGGUUUGCCCAUGUGUUUUUUGGAAUGUUCACUCGGACAAUUUGCCAGUCUGGGUCCUGUUGCGAUAUGGAGGAUUGUGCCACUCUUCCAAGGUAUUGGAGUAACAAGUGUCCUCAUAUCAGCAAUGGUAUCUAUUUACUACAAUGUUAUUGUUGCCUACAGUCUAUAUUAUUUAUUUGCCUCAUUUACGAGUUACCUGCCAUGGGCGGAGUGUUCAAACUGGUCAGACAGUAGGUGUCGUAAUGAAAUAUCAGGAUUAUGCAAUGUAACAUUGGACAAUGCAACAAUAAUGGUAAAUGUGUCAUGGGUAAAAGACAACAAUCUCACCUGCAUCGCUGACAACAAUACUGAACUUCCAAGCAAACAGUACUGGGAAAAAGUGACCCUGCAACUAUCUGGUAGCCUUGAUGAGACAGGGCAUGUGGUUUGGUACCUUGCUCUUUGCCUGCUCCUGGCAUGGAUCAUAGCUUUUGCCGCACUAUGUAAAGGCAUAAUGUCUUCAGGAAAGGUGGUGUACUUCACAGCCUUGUUCCCCUAUGUUGUCUUAAUUAUCCUCCUUGUCCGUGGAGUCACACUGGAGGGGGCUAGGGAUGGAAUCGAAUAUUAUAUUGGGCAACAGUCUGACAUCAGCAAGCUCAGCAAUGGAGAAGUCUGGAGAGAUGCUGCUACCCAAAUAUUUUAUUCCCUUUCAGUAGCCUGGGGGGGACUGUUUGCUCUUUCAUCUUACAAUAAAUUCAAUAACAACUGUUACCUGGACGCCAUUGUGGUCUGCGUAAUAAACUGCCUUACCAGCAUCCUUGCAGGAUUUGCCAUCUUCUCCAUCUUGGGGCACAUGGCUUCAGUGUCAGGGAAAAAAGUCUCAGAAGUAGUUGAUGAAGGAUUCGGCCUGGCAUUUAUUGCUUAUCCUGAUGCACUGACAAAAUUGCCAAUAUCUCCACUCUGGUCCAUUUUGUUUUUCUUCAUGCUUUUGGCGUUAGGACUUGACUCACAGUUUGCUUUGAUAGAAACUAUUACAACAGCCAUACAGGAUGCAUUUCCCAAAAUAAUGAAGAAAAUGCGUAUUCUGGUCACGGCGGCGGUCUGUGUAUUUUUAUUCCUACUCGGUAUCCCAUGCGUCACCCAGGCUGGAAUUUACUGGGUUAUUCUUAUUGAUUCCUUUUGUGGGGGAUGGUCCAUUUUAUUUGCCGCAGUAUUGGAAUUAGUGGCACUAAUAUGGAUUUACGGUGGCAAUAGGGUAAUCUUGGAUAUAGAAAUGAUGAUUGGUAAGAAGCACUGGAUCUUCUGGUUGUGGUGGAGAGCCUGCUGGUAUUUUGUGUCUCCUGUGCUCUUAGCUGUGAUUUUGGUUUGGUCACUGGUAACAUUUGAAGCCCCCCAAAAUAAUGGUGUUAAUUAUCCUAAAUGGGGAGUAACUCUGGGAUUCCUCAUGGUUGUCUUCUGCCUCAUAUGGAUUCCUAUUGUAGCAGUUGUCAAGAUAAUCCAAGCUGAAGGAAAUAUUUUCCAGCGUAUUGUGAGUUGUUGUAGACCAGCUGAAAACUGGGGUCCGGCCUUUCCAAAAAAUCGUGGUGAGAGGUAUCAACAUAUAAAGGAUGAAAGGGUGAAGAAUGAAGACAAUGGGAUGGAAAUUACAGAUAGAAAAGGGAUCGAGCGAUACACACAAAUUAAUGAAGAGCCUGUGAAGCAGGAAGACAAAGAGCUGGAGACUCCAGACAUGAAAGGAUUUGAUAACCCAUCAUUUCAGAGUGAAUGAAGAUACUACAUGUUUGCUUUUACUUUCAUUAUUUUUCUUAUCCAUAAUAAUACAUUAAACGGA